CUCCUAGCUAAGUUCAGACGCAAUUUAAAACUCAGGAGGAAGAUACAGAAAAGAAGAAGCAGAAACCGCAAUGGACAACAGCCUGAUAAGAUGUAAAAGGGUGACAAAAGAAGAUUAUGAGAAAGUGAUGGCUAUCAUACCUCCCUCUGAGAUCUAUAAUGGCAAUGACUAUCUACCCGACUAUUUCCAUAUACUAAUUGAUAUGCCAAACAACGAGAUGUAUGCUGCUGUCAUAGGAGAUAAAUUUGUAGGAUUGACUUUAAAGACAACUAUAGAUAGUGGUAGAAGUGUAGUUACUAGGGCAGUGAGAGUUUCCAAGAACUAUGCUGGUAAAGGAAUCGCUGGUAUAAUGUCUAAAUGGAUGGAUAUAGGAGGACCUCUUUACCGACCGGAAGUAAUUUGGCAUAAAUUUACUGCAAAUAGAACCCAUUCACCAUUACUUCAACUGACUGACAAAGGAAUCCACAUAAAAACAUCAGAACAGGAGCUUGUUCCCAAACCAAAAGCUCAAGUUAAAUAA